AUGUCGGAGUCAGAGGAGAAUGGAGAGGGCCCCCCCAAGGACCUGCCCCCCUUCGCCCAGGCCAUGGGGCAGCCCCUGGGCUGGGGGGGCAGCGACGGCGCCGGGGGGGGGGCGGGCGGGGGGACCCCCCCGGGGCAGCGGCAGCGCCGCCCCCCCCACCCCAAGCACAAGGGGGCCCAGGGGGGCUCCGGGGGGGUCCAUCGCUCCCCCCGCGCCCUCUUCUGCCUCCGCCUCAACAACCCCGUCCGCAGGGCCGCCAUCAGCAUCGUCGAGUGGAAGCCCUUCGACAUCCUCAUCCUCGCCACCAUCUUCGCCAACUGCGUGGCCCUGGGCGUUUACAUCCCCUUCCCCGAGGACGACUCCAACGCCGCCAACCACAACCUGGAGCAGGUGGAGUACGUGUUCCUCAUCAUCUUCACGGUGGAGACGUUCCUGAAGAUCAUCGCCUACGGGCUGGUGCUGCACCCCAGCGCCUACAUCCGCAACGGCUGGAACCUGCUCGACUUCGUCAUCGUCAUCGUGGGGCUGUUCAGCGUGAUCCUGGAGCAGGUGUCCCACAAGCCGGGCGACGCCCACCACAUGAGCGGCAAACCCGGCGGCUUCGACGUCAAGGCCCUGCGCGCCUUCCGCGUCCUGCGGCCCCUGCGCCUCGUCUCCGGCGUCCCCAGCCUGCACAUCGUCCUCAACUCCAUCAUGAAGGCGAUGGUGCCGCUGCUGCACAUCGCGCUGCUCGUGCUCUUCGUCAUCAUCAUCUACGCCAUCAUCGGCCUCGAGCUCUUCAUCGGCCGCAUGCACAAGACCUGCUUCUUCAUCGGCUCCGACCUGGAGUCGGAGGAUGACCCGUCCCCGUGCGCGUUCUCGGGGCACGGGCGCGCCUGCCUGCAGAACAACACCGAGUGCCGCGGCCGCUGGGAGGGGCCCAACGGCGGCAUCACCAACUUCGACAACUUCUUCUUCGCCAUGCUCACCGUGUUCCAGUGCAUCACCAUGGAGGGCUGGACCGACGUGCUCUACUGGAUGCAGGACGCGAUGGGCCAUGAGCUGCCCUGGAUUUACUUCGUCAGCCUCGUCAUCUUCGGCUCCUUCUUCGUCCUCAACCUGGUGCUGGGGGUGCUCAGCGGGGAGUUCUCCAAGGAGCGGGAGAAGGCGAAGGCUCGCGGGGACUUCCAGAAGCUGCGGGAGAAGCAGCAGCUGGAGGAGGAUCUGCGGGGCUACAUGGACUGGAUCACCCAGGCCGAGGACCUGCAGGGCGACGACGACGAGGGGGAGCACGAGAAGCACCGCCUGACCGCCGAGGAGCUGAUGGGGAAGAGGAAACCGCGGCUCAAGUGGCUGCGGCACGCGAGUCACUCCACGGACACCCACGGUGGGAUGGGCUGGGACCCAAACCCAAAUACAGGGACCCCAAACCCCAAAUACAGGGACCCCAAACCCCUGAACUCAGGGACCCCCAACCCCUGA